GUUUUAAUGUUUUACACUUGGUAAACAAAAGUCGUUGCUUGAUUUUUAACUUAAUAACUUUACCUUAUUAAAUCUUAGUAAACAAAAGUUUUUCGUUGCUAGAUUUUUAACUUUAUAACUUUACCUUCUGAAUAGUUAGUAUGUUUUUAUAGGAACGUUUUUUAAAAAAAAAAUUUAAUUUUAAAGUUUUAAACUAAAAAGUUAAUUAGUAGUUAGUCAAUUCUGCACAGUCAUUUUUAAGUUAGCAAACUAAUUAUCCUAAAGCUUAGAUUUAUUGAUUAAUAUUCAAGACUUGGUUAUCAGGGUAGAAUAUGUGUUAAAAUAAAAAUAAAAAUGAAGUCUUACUUUUUGGUGACACUGUUUUUCUAUAAAAUCGAAGCUUCUUAUGUUUUUUAUUUUGCUGAAAAUCAACCACCUGGAAGUAAAGUUGGUCAAGUAGACGGUCAUUUUCCAUUUAAACAAAAUGGUGCGAUUGAGUAUUUUAGUGUAAAUGAGUUAUCAGGGGAAAUAUUCUCCAAAAAAAAUUUCUCAAUGAAAUAUUAUGAGCCUCAAGUAAAUGAAUAUUGUUUUAACUUUACUGUAUCAUCUGCAAGUAACAAAGAAUUAAUAGAAGUUUUUAUUUGGGUUUUUAGUGUUCCAUUAUUUUCUGAAUUCUCAUAUAGUAUUUAUAUGAAAGAAAACAGUAAAAUCAAUUCACUGACAAUGCUUAAAUUUUUAAAUAACACAAAUUUAAAAGUUAGAUAUAAAUCUGAAAACUUUGUUGAUAAGUUUCAAAUUGUGACCAAUGACAAGAAUGAGUUAUUUUUAAAGCUGUUGUUGCCACUGGAUUAUGAAAAACAGAAAUACUAUUUAAUAAACAUCUCAGCAUGUGUCUCAUCAUUUUGCACUUUUUUAUUUGUAAAUUUAAAUGUUUUGGAUGAAAAUGAUAAUCUGCCAAAAUUUGACAAAAAAAAAUAUGACUUUGAAAUAUACGAAAAUACCACUGUAUCUGAAAAAGUUGGAUAUGUUCAUGCAUCCGACUUAGAUUCUGGGUCUAAUUCUCAGAUUAAGUAUAGUUUACAUGAAACUGCUGAUUUUUAUAUAAAUGAAACAAGCGGCGAUAUAUUUUUAAAAAAUUCUGUUGAUGCAGAGUCACGGAUUUUAUAUCAAGUGAUGUGUAUAGCAAGUGAUCAAGGAAAUCCUCCAAAGAUGUCAUCUGUUAUAUUAAAGUUUUCUAUUUUGGAUUGCAACGAUAAUCCUCCAUUAAUAGAUGUUAUUUUUACACUACCAGGUAUUUAUCAAAUAGUAGAAGGUGAGAUUAUUGGAUGGAAAAUAGCUUCUAUCUUAGUAAGUGAUCCUGACUCUAUGAAUAAAAAUUCGGUUUCUGAUCUAUUCAUUAAUGAUACUAAUUAUUUUGAACUACAUAAAGAAGAAAAUAAAUUUUCCUUGCUUACUAAAAAAGUUAUUGAUAGAGAAACAACUCCGUAUCUAUUUCUUUUGCUUAUAGCCAAAGAUAGCUUAUCAGCUCUUCUUUUUACUCAAAUGAAAAUUCAAAUUAAUGUCAGUGAUAUUAAUGAUAAUUCUCCUAAAUUUUCUCAACAAACAUACAAUAUUUCAGUAAAAGAAUCUAUAGGUAUUGAAGAACUUAUUGUUAGGGUUUUUGCACAAGAUCUUGACUUUGGUGAAAAUGGAAAAGUGUCAUAUAAAAUAGAUUCUUCCAGUUUUUUAGGAGCUGAAUUUGUUAAGCUUGAUCAACAAAAUGGUAAAAUAGUUUUUGUUCAGAACGUCGAUUAUGAACUUUUUUCAAUAAUAAAGUUUCAAAUUUGUGCCUUUGAUCACGGAAUUCCUCAGCAUAGAUCCUAUGCAUUUGUACAAAUAAAUUUAAUUGAUGUAAAUGAUAACCCUCCGUAUUUUUCUCCAUUAUUAAUGGUUUUUAACAUAACAGAAAAUCAAGAAGUUGGAUCAUUUAUAGGCCAGGUUCAUGCUGAUGAUAUAGAUACAGUUGACUCACAGAAGAUUACUUACUAUUUGAACAGUAGUGUUAUACAGAUUGAUAAUAAUACAGGUAUUAUAACAUCACUAAAAAUGUUUGAUCGUGAAGAGAAAAGUUGCUAUGAAUUUGAAGUUAGUACAUUUGAUAGUGGAGGACUAUGCGGAAAGGGAACACUUUUUAUUAACAUUAUUGAUUUAAAUGACUGCUCUCCUAAAUUUGAAAGAGGUGUUUUCAAUGUAUCAAUCACUGAAAACUUUCCUCUUUAUGAAGUAGCAUUUUAUAUUACUGCUUAUGAUUUAGAUGAAGGUAGCAAUGCAUUACCAUCUUACUCUGCUAUCUUUGAAGAUGAUACAUUUUCUAUUGACUCAACUACUGGGGGUGUUAUUUUAAAUCAUAGCUUGAAAAAACAUCCAAAACGCUUAUUUAAUUUCCAAGUUAGUGUGAAAGAUGCAGGAGGUUUUCCUGGAAUAAGUACAGCAAGAGUUUUACUUAAUAUAUUCCCUCCAAGUAUUUUGCCUCCAGUGUUUACUGAAAAUAAUUACAUUUUUAAUGUGGUAGAAAAUAAUCAAAUUGGUAAAGUUAUUGGAGUCUUGCAAGCUGUUAGACCACUAUCUCAAAGUGCUGCUUUUAUUAUUUUUGAAAUAGCUAAUGGCAAUAAUAGCUUCACUAUUAAUUCUAUAUCAGGUUCUUUGUGGGCAAAUACAGUUUUAGAUUUUGAAAAAAAAAAAGAGCAUUUCAUACUAGUUAAAGCAAUUGAUUCUUUAAAUAUAAGCUUGAUAAAUCUUACAAAAGUUCAAAUUAAUGUUUUAGAUCAAAAUGAUAAUCAACCAUGGUUUGUAAACAAAACUGAAAAUGUUUCUAUUUUAGAAGGUGUUCCAAUUGGUUAUAUAUUUUUCAAGUGCCAAGCAUUUGAUAAUGAUUUGGGUUUAAAUGGGUUAGUUAAAUAUAGCAUAACAAAUACUAGUGGACCAAUCAAUGUCUCAAGUGAAAGUUGCAAUGUAUUUACUACUGGGACAAUAGAUUAUGAAUUGGUUAAAGAAUAUAUUGUUUAUAUAGAAGCAGUAGAUCAAAGUUCACCAUUUCAUAAAGCUACACUACAGCUGAAAAUCCAAGUUCUAGAUACAAAUGAUAAUUUACCAAUAUUUUCUAAUUACUCAUAUGUAGUUCAUCUUGCUGAGAAUUUACCUUUAAACUCUCUGAUUAUUACAGUUCAUGCAACAGAUCAGGAUUCUGGUUUAAACGGAGAAUUGAUUUAUGAAUUAGUUAGUUCAAAACAUUCUGAAAUGUUUUUUCUAAGUAUAAAUGGAUCUCUUUACUUAAAAAAAGCUAUUGAUUAUGAAGUUAAUCAGUAUUUUUUACUUACUUUAAAAGUUAUUGAUAAAGGUUUACCCCCUCAGAAAAAUGAAGUUAAAUUGACUAUUAUAGUUGAAGAUGAAAAUGAUAACUCUCCAGUUUUUGAAAAAAACAAUUAUAUUUUUUACUUGAAUGAAGAAUCCCCAGCAGGAUCAGUUGUUGGGAUUGUGACAGCUUUUGACAAUGAUCAGGGUACUAAUGCAGAUAUGGAGUUUUUUAUUUCAUCUAAUGAUUUUACUUAUGAUAGUGAAAACAUUUUUGGGAGAUCUGACUGCAUCAUUAGAUCAUUAAGGAAGUUUGACAGUGAAUCCGGGGACAAAGAAUUUGGCGUAACUAUCACAGUAAAAGAUCUCGGAAAACCUUCAUUAAAAAGUAUUGUUCAAGUUAAAAUUGUUAUCAAAAACAUAAAUGAUCACCCACCAAAGUUUUCCAAAGCUACUGCAUACUUUGCAUGUGUCGUUAGAGAAACAAGUAUGAAUUCUUUUGUGAUACAAAUAGAAGCAACUGACCCUGAUGUAGUUCCUUAUCCACUAAAAUAUAAAUUAGGUGCAACUGAAAAUAUAACUUCUAAUUUUUUAUCCAUAUUUAGAAUAGACUCCUCAAGUGGUGCUGUUUACACAAAACAAAAAAUCGGUUUUGAAAUGCAAUCAUUUUAUGAAACAACAGUCAGUGUAGAAGAAGUUGGAGACGGAUUAAUACUGUUUAACUAUCAAAAGUUAGUCAUAUUUGUUGUGCCACUCCUUCAGCAUACAUUUUUUACUGAUAGCUGCAUGGUGGCUGCUGUUUCAGAAAAGUCUCUGCCACAACAAGGAAUUAUUAGUGAUGCAAUCAGUUACAAUAACCAAUUUGUUGUGUCUAACUACAGUAUUGUAGAAAAAAAUGUACCUUUUUUAGUUUUAAAAACAACAGGUUUAUUGCAACUUACCCAAACUGUUAGUUUCGAGAAUUCCAAGUACUACCAGUUUCGUAUAAGUGCAGAUGGGUUGUGGAAAAAAGAUAAAAUGACUCUUUUAACAGAUUUUAUAAUGAUGAAUAUAUAUGUAAUACCAGAAAAUAAGUAUGUGCCCACAUAUCCUGAUAAUCCUGAGAGAUACACUAUAAGUGAGGAUUGGCCAACUCUUAUACCUUUUGCAGUCUUGCAAAAAGCUUUAGAUAAUGAUGCUGAUCUUGGUGGCUUUGUUGUUUAUUCUAUUAAUUCCACAAAUCCAUCUAAUGCCCCAGUACAAUUGUCUCCAAUAAGUAGGGAGCUUUUUUUAACUCAUUCUGUUGACUAUGAGGAACAAGAGGUUUUGAGUUUAAAGAUUGGCAUUACUGAUCUUGCUGCAAAUAUAAAUGAGCGUCUUUUUAAUACAUUUACAGUGUAUAUUUCUAUCAAAGAUGUCAAUGAUAAUUCUCCUGUGUUUAAAUCAGCAACAUCUGCAAAAAUUCAAGAAGGAGAAAAUCCUGGCACUAUGGUAUCAACCAUUCAAGCUGAAGAUCCUGAUAAAGGUGAAACUCACACUGCAAUAGGCUACUAUAUUAUGUCUGGUAAUGAUGCGGGAUUUUUUAAUUUAAAUUAUUUAACCGGCAAUCUUUUUACUUUAAAACCUCUUAAUGCAUCCGUUGGAAGAAUCUACAUCUUAACAAUUAAGUUGGUUGAGUUAAGAGAAAAUAAAAUUUCAUCUUUAAGUAGUACUCAAAAUGUUACUAUUUAUGUUGAUGAUAUUAAUGAUCAUCCACCUAAAUUUAGUAAAGCAAUUUAUCAUGCAGUAAUAAAAGAAAAUAUGAUAAAUGGUUCCUAUAUUACUCAAUUGGCAUAUGUUGAUUCAGAUAUUUUUAAAGAAAAUACUCAAUCUGUUUUUGACCUUUUUGAUAAUUUUGACAAAUUUUCUAUUGACACAGAAACUGGAAUUAUAGUUAGUAAAAAAAGUUUUGAUAGAGAAGUUCACUCUUCCUUUAUUUUGACAGCUGUAGUAAAAAAUAUUGCUUAUCCAUAUGGGCAAGAUUUUUGCACUGUGGUAGUUGAUAUUGAAGAUAUCAAUGACAAUGCACCAGUUUUAAGUGGAGGAGAGAAAGUAAAACUGCACGUCUUUGAGAAGCUAAGAGCUGACAAUACUAAGAUUCAUAAGUUUGAAGUUUUUGAUCUGGAUAUUGGUAUAAAUGCUGCUGUAAAUUUUUUUCUUUCUCCUGUUCAAUCUUAUUUUUUCAUUAACAAAACGACUGGUGAGCUGCACCUACUAAAUAGUUUAGAUAGAGGAGAACGUCGCAAAUAUAAGUUUAGUGUUUUUGUUGAGAAUAUUUCACCUCCCUACUUCAUGAGUUAUCAAAAUGUGACAAUAGUUGUUGUGGAUGAUGACGAUAAUAAAAUAGAAUUUGAGCAAAAAGUGUAUUAUGUUGAAGUUCAAGAAACUACUUCUGUUAAUAUGACUAUUUUACAUGUCAAUGCCACAGAUAAAGACUCUAGUAGAAAUUCUGUAAUUUACUAUGAGUUCGUUGAUUCAAAUGAUCAUUUUAUUAUUGAUCGGUAUAGUGGAGCAAUAUCAACAACAGUUUCACUUGAUUAUGAACAAAAAAAAGAGUACCAGUUGGAAGUUAAAGCUAUAGAUAGUGAUUCAAAAAUGUUUGAUUUAUGUCAAGUCAUUAUUGAAGUUAUAGACAUGAAUGAUAAUUACCCAGUGUUUUUGCAAUCAAAGUAUACAAAAGUUAUUGAAAAAGUCACCUCUUCAUAUGUUUUGCAAGUGCAAGCUUCAGAUGCUGAUCUUAAUGGAAAGCAAGGAGUGAGUUAUGCUUUUGACCCUCCAAGUCAUCAUUUUAAUAUAUCAAGUUCUACAGGUGAAAUUUUUAUUACAGAUAGAAAUCUUAUGCCAGGACAAUACCAUUUACAUGUCAAAGCUGUUGAUGAUGGUGGUUACAAAAAGUCAUAUGUUCAAGUUUUAAUUACAGUUGGCAACAGCACUGAAAUUGAGAUUCUUAAUAAAUCUGUUAUUUUUACAGUUGAUGAAAAUCCACCAAAUGGAUUUGUACUUGGUACCAUAUAUGCCAAGGCCAAAAGCAGUGAUAAAAUCACUUAUAGCAUUUUAGAAGCUACCAAUCCAGAUUUAGGUUUGUCCAUUAAUCAAAAAGGAGAAAUUUUUGUAAACAAAAGUGAAUCUUUAGACUAUGAAAAGUAUCCAAUUAUAAUGCUUGGAGUCCUUGCUUCAAUAUUUGUAAAUGAUGAAACAUAUAGUUCAUACUUAACUGUAGUGAUCAAUCUUAAUGAUGUGAAUGAUAAUGAUCCUCAGAUUAUACCACUGAAUAAACAGUAUAAGUAUUUGGAGUCUGAUUCUUCUAAUUUCAAACCACAUAUUUUAAAUUAUUUUGAUGUUAAAGAUGAUGACCAUAUUGAUUUAAAUAAGCUUAAAGUUGUCAUAAUUUCUGGUAAUGAUGAUGGCAUGUUUGAAAUAGUUGAAGGAACAACAGUUAUGACAUUACUUAAGCCUAUUGAUUAUGAAACUAAAAAAGAGCAUAACUUACUUGUGCGGGUAUAUGAUGGUGGUUCUCCUCCUAGAUUCAGUGAUAGCUAUUAUACACUCAUCAUUGAAGAUAGAAAUGAUAAUCCUCCAGUUUUUCAAAAUGUUGAUACUAUAUUUGUAAAUGAAAAUGUAACUUCUGGUAGUGUUGUAGGAAGUGUAAGAGCUACAGACAUAGAUGUUUCAACGACUGAAAUUAUUUAUGAAAUAGUAGACGGUAGUAGUUCAACAUUCACUAUAGAUGAAAACCUUGGCUCUAUAAUAUUAAAAAAAUCAAAAUAUUUGGACUAUGAAAAAGUUAAAUUUUAUAACCUAAACAUUUCAGCAUCAGAUAAGCUGCAUAAAACCUAUUGUCAACUAAAUAUUAAUAUAACUGAUUCUAAUGAUCACCAACCAAUUUUUACAAAACAACUAUAUUCAGUAAAGGUUCAAGAUACCAUCAAAAAAGGAGAAUACAUAACUAAAGUCUCUGCAGAUGAUUUAGACAGUGGCAGUUAUGGAUAUGUUCAGUAUUUGUUAGAUCCUCCACAAGAUGCCUUUACAAUUGAACAAGAUUCUGGCAAGAUUAUUACAAACAAAGAAUUUCAAUUUAACGAAGAUGCAACAGUGAUGGAGUUGCAGGUUGUGGCAUUUGAUUCUAACAUGGCACUUGGUUAUCUUAAAUCUACAACAAUUGUGUUGCUUGAGGUUGAAGGUAAGAAAGCAAUUUAUCCUAAAUUUCAACAAAGCCAUUAUUAUAUGAAAAUAUCAGAAGGCGCUAGCAUAGGUGCUGUUGUAGGAAUUGUAACUGCAUUGUUUACUAACAGCAUCCAUCAGAAUAUAAAAUACUUUAUACGACGUGAAAUGGAAACAUUUUCAAUUAAUGCUUAUUCUGGACUUAUAACAGUGAACAAUCAACUUGAUCGCGAGAUGCAAUCAAGUUACAACAUUGAAGUUUAUGCUGCAAUUGCCCAUCAGCCAGAUGUUUUUACAAAAUGUAUUGUCUCAAUACAAGUACUUGAUAUUAAUGAUAAUAAUCCAAUAUUUGAAAAACAUGAUUAUAAUGUAUCAGUUCUUGAAAAUGAAAAUACUGGUCAAAUUUUGCUGACUGUAUUAGCUACUGAUGCUGAUGAUAGUGCAACAGAAAAUGGUAAAGUAAGAUAUGAGAUACAUUCAGGACAAGAUGAAAAUGAGUGGUUAUCAAUCGAUGCUGAUACUGGUGUAAUAAGAACAAAAAGACUUCUUGACAGAGAGAUUAGGCCAUAUCUGCAAGUUACCAUAAAAGCUGCUGAUCACAAAGGAUCUGGGCGAAGUGACUUUGCGCGUCUAACAGUUGAAGUGUUGGAUGUAAACGAUAACCCUCCAGAGUUCAAGGUAGAUGUCCCAAAUUACCAAGAGAUAAAAAUUUCUGAAAAUCUACCUCCGAACACACAAGUUUUCAAUGCAUACGCAUUUGAUCCAGAUGAGGGAUUGAAUGGAAUGAUAUCAUACAGUAUCUUGGAAAGAGAUGUAAUGUUUUACAUGAACGAUUCAACUUCAGGUUUAAUUUACACUAAAAAUUCGUUAGAUUAUGAAUCAGUUUCACUUUAUAAUUUAACAGUGGUAGCUACUGAUUGUGGGGAAAAACCGCUAGUAUCAAGUUUUGAGUAUCAAAUUCAUGUUCAAGAUGUUAACGAAUAUGCUCCAUUGUUCACCAAUUCUAAAUUUAUUUUUAAUAUUCCUGGUAAUCUUCAAGUUGGUGAAACUAUAGGAAAGGUUGAUUCUUUUGACAAAGAUGGUGGUGAAGCUAACAUCACUCAUUACACUAUAAUAUCUGGAUUUUCAGACAAGUUUUCGUUGGAUUCUAUUAGUGGGUCUAUCACUUUAGUUAAAGAUUUACGCUUUAAUAACAAACAAGGUGCUUCUGAUGUUGCAAAAUAUAUUUUAAAGUUAAGAGCGGACAAUUAUCCUCCUAGCAACUUAUUAUAUUCUUUAACAGAUGUUUUUAUCAUAGUUAAUCAUACUUGUGCUGGAUGUGAGAUUUUUUCUGAAAUUACCCUUAAACCCAAACAGUCUAUGGCAAGUUCAUCAAUUCUUAUUGUCUUUGCUUCUGUUAUGGUUCUAGUAAUUCUCAUCUUUUUGGUGUUAUGCAUUGUUUACUGUCGUCGAAAAUCAUAUAGGUGUUAUAAAAAACCAUUUUUUUAUAAUAGUAACAAGUUAAAUCUUCCUAAAUCUUCAGUUGAAUGCAAGCUUCUACAUACAUAUAAUAAACAUUCAACCCUUGAUAUGGUUGAUACUCGUUUCAGUUCAGACUUUCCUGAAAAAUCUUGUGGAACUCAACUUUCUUCCGUCAUAGGUUUACUAAACAAAAGCAGUGAAACCUCUGCAUCUGUGACGGACAAAGCCAGUACUUUUUCUUUUGGUAUCUAUCACGAACAAGGUACAGAACAUCGGCCGUUUCUAAAAGGCGUUUCUAAGUUAAACCCUAAAAGUAUAGACGAGAAAAACAAUUUUAGAUAUAAGGCUUCUAAUUCAUCACCGAAAAACUCGAUAUCAAUUGAUUCACGAAAAUCUAACAGUUUCCAAUCAAGACAGACAGGAUCAGGUAAUGGCAUUGUAAGAGGAAGUCAUGAAAGUCUCAAAGAUUUUAUGGAAGAAGGAGGAGGCGAAGCUGCAGGAGGAAUCGAUGUUCGCAAUUUGUUGUACGCUAAACUUGCUGAGGUUGAAGAUCAACACGAAGACAACAUGGACGGUGUAAAACCAUUUAAGGAUGAAGGUUUUAUGUCACGAGGAGGUUCCUUAAGUACUAUUAUAGCCAGCGAUGAAGAGCUAUCACCGUAUGAUUAUGAGUGGCCCUCACAUAAUUUAAGACAGAGUGGUGUUUUUCACGAAGAAGAUCGUUACAAAGGCCCUGAUCCAGCGGCUAUUUCUUUGCAAACAAAUCCAAUUGAAAUAGUUGAAUAUACUUCACAAAAAAGAAACCAAUCAUCUGGAUCUCUUUUCACAUUGUCAACAACAUCUGGAAAUACAAACAAUUCCCCAGAUAAAGAAAGAAUUUGGCGUAGCGAGAGUGUUUGUAGUCAGCUAUCAAGGAUCACACUCUCUGAUAUAGAUCUCACAGACGACGAAAACGUCCGAGUUUAAAAUCCGUAAUCAUAGCUUUUCUUUUUAAUUUACCUGUUCGAAUUCAAAUAUCGGAAUAUCUGAAAACAGAUAUCAGAAAUGAUUUCACGAUAUCAAAAUUACUUUUCAUCCUCAUCUUUACAGGUACUUUGAUUAAUCCAUGAGGAGAAAUUCUUUAAUUAAAAAUUUCGCUAAUGGUUUUUUUUAAUUGCUUCAGAUAUUCUGUAUUAUAUUUUUUUAUUUAUUGUGAUUCUUUUUUUAAAUUUAAUUUUUAUG